AUGGAAAUGAAAUGCAAGAUUCCUAUCACAGCUAGGCACAUCUCGCGGACAAACCAAGAAGGCGUCAAAACAACAGGCAGAACAGAGGCUUUCCACAUUAUCACCAACCUCAUCUCCCUCUUAGCACCCCCUAUCCUGUUCGGGCGUAGUAACUCAAUCAGUAUUCCGAUCAUCAAAAAUCUAGCUGCAGACUUACAGGGCCCACCUUUCGAUCCUAAACCCAUGUUGACGGCGGAUACAAAUAAUCCGGAUGCUAGAGAUGGAGCUGAAUUAAUUGCUAAAAGAAUGUACCUAAGGGUCAAUAUAGGCAAAGGAGUGGGCUGGGCAGCAAGGUCGGAGAUCUCUGUAAAUGCAAACAGCUGGGCUAACCAGUGUUGCGUCGUCGCCGGCGAGGACCGACCCACAGGGUUCCAGAGAAUUGCAGUGGAAAAGAGCAAGAUUUUCAAGUGUAUCAAGAUUUUCAAGCCUGUAUUGCCUUUCAGAUCUUCAAUAUAUUUACUGAGUCUGACACAGGCCCAUCUCAUAGACCGUUUCAUAGGUCACAGGAAGAAUUUCGUUAUUGGGUUGCGAGGCAAUCACUUCAUACUCACCGACCAGCUCCCCGCAAGAUUUCCAUUCCCCUCUCACUGCAUUAACAUCGAAGAGUACUAG